GAAAAAGAGAUAUCAAAAGAAUCUUUGACUUUUUGUUUAAAGUGCCCCCACAUGUCCCAAGAAACAAGAGCUUGUGGAGUUUUGCAAUUUUAUACUCUCCGCUAGAUAUUUGUAUUUGCUCGUAUUGGGCAAUUUUAUUGCACAGCGCAGUCUCUCAUAAUUUGUAGAGCAUCGAUCUCCUACUAUACAAAUCUAAAAAAAAAAACCUAUCUUUACUAAAAAUUACUGAUUGAAAUGCCGUCCAUGCCUUGGCUGUUGUGGGGUCAGCUGCGAGAUGAUGCGUGAUACUGUGAGCAGCUGAGACGUAACUCUCACAGACUCGUACAAUAAUUCCCGCACCUACUUAAUUGCCCCUUCAUUAUAUCGGCAUGCUGCAUCCCAGUUAACUUUGACUAUUCCACGGGCCGGUGCUUGCCAAGCUGCUAUCUGUUGGUUCUGUUUGUUAGACAUUAUUUUGGAUUCUCCACGUGGCUUUACAUGAUUUGAUCACAUGGAAUAUAUCGAAAGAAACAAAAUAAAUCUCAAGAAAAUUAAGAUCAUGAUUCCGUGUUGAAGUGAAGCGCACGCUCUUGUUGAAGUUGGAAGGUAGAGCAGUACUAGUCUUCGUUUAAUUUCUCUUUGCUUUGUUAUUAUAUUUCCUCCCUGCGAUCAGAGUUCGUAGGGAAAGAUGGAUUUCUUGAGCUGCAUAAUAUUUCUUUGCAUCACCUGGAUGUUCAUCCACACCUUCUAUAUGAUUCCAAGAAGCAAAGCGAAUCCCAGAAAGCUUCCACCUGGUCCAAAACCUUUUCCGGUCAUUGGAAACCUCUUAGAUCUCGGUGACAAACCCCACAAGUCCUUAACCAAGCUUGCCAAGGCUCAUGGCCCCAUAAUGUGCCUAAAACUAGGACGAGUAACCACAAUAAUCAUUUCUUCAGCAGACACCGCCAAACAAGUCCUCCAAACACACGACCAACUCCUGUGCAACCGAACCAUCCCUGACGCUCUCCGAGCCCACAAACAAGACAUGUUCGGCUUGCCAUGGAUACCCGUUUCAACCCGGUGGAGAAACCUUCGCAAAAUAUGCAACGGCCAACUGUUUGCCAGCAAAACACUUGACGCCAACCAAGGUAUCCGGCGCAAGAAAGUGCAAGAGCUCCUUGCCGAAACUCAUCAAAGCAGCGUAACCGGUGAGGCUGUAGAUAUUGGCAGGGUGGCUUUUAAGACUGCGCUUAAUCUGUUAUCAAACACCAUUUUUUCGGUGGAUUUGGCCGACCUGAAUUCUGACACAGCUCGAGAGUUCAAGGAGAUUGUCUGGAAUGUCAUGGAAGAGGCAGGGAAGCCCAACUUGGCAGAUUAUUUUCCCGUGCUUAAGAAGAUCGACCCCCAGGGCGUAAGGCGGCGCAUGACAGUUCACUUUGGGAAGCUUAUAGAUCUCUUUGAUCGCAUGAUUAGCCAACGGUUAAAGCAGAGAAAAGUGUUGGGUUCUAUGACGUCGAACAGUGAUAUGUUAGAUACCCUUCUUAACAUCACCGAAGAAAACACCGAGGAGAUGGACAAAUCUAAGAUAGAACAUUUGUUUGUGGACCUAUUUGUUGCGGGGACUGAUACAACCUCAGCCACACUGGAAUGGGCUAUGGCAGAGCUACUCCACAACCCAGAGGCACUGUCAAAAGCAAAAACAGAGCUGGAACAAGUAAUUGGCAAAGGCAACCCAAUGGAGGAGUCAGAUAUUGCUCGGUUACCUUACUUACAAGCAGUAGUGAAAGAAACAUUCAGAUUGCACCCGGUAGUUCCUUUCCUACUGCCUAGGAAAGCCGAAGCAGAUGUAGAAAUCAACGGCUAUAUUAUCCCAAAGGGUGCACAAGUGCUAGUGAAUGCAUGGGCUAUAGGCCGAGACCCGAGCUUAUGGGAGAAAGCGAAUUCAUUUAUGCCGGAGAGGUUCUUGAGGUCUGAAAUUGAUUUUAAAGGCCGGAACUUUGAGCUUAUACCGUUUGGUGGUGGAAGAAGAAUAUGUCCUGGUUUGCCAUUGGCAAUACGAAUGCUGCAUUUGAUGUUAGGUUCGCUUAUCCACACGUUCGAUUGGAAGCUUGAAGAAGGGGUUAAACGUGAGGAUAUGAACAUGGAAGAUAAGUUUGCCUUAACCUUGCAGAUUGCUCAUCCUGUAAGAGCUGUCCCUAUUCCACUCUAAAAUAGGUUGAAGAAUUUUAAUUACUUGGUUGCCAUUCUACUUGAUGUCUUUGUACUACAUGCAUGCAAUAUAUAAUUUUGUUGGAAGCAAAUAAACACAUAUAGCUUGUCACGUUGAUGAUA